AUGGGUGGCAUGAAGAAUAAGAAGAAGCAGGGCAUGCCCGAGCCCCUCGACGAAGCGCUCGUCACGCGCAAGAGAAAAGACUACGAGGCGCCCGUGCCCAAGGAGCAGAAGAGGCGGAGGAUGGAGGCCAGGGAAAAGGCAAAGGCCAAGGCGGCGCCUGUGUCCAAGAAAGCUGCAGCGACCAACGGUGCCGCCAAGAAGGGUGCUGCAAAGCCUGUCAAGGCCGCUAAGCCUGCGAAGAAGUCUGCGCCGCCGCCGGUUUCCGACGAUGAAGACGACUUCUCAGACGAUAUCGAUGACUCAGAUGCCAUGGAGGGUGUUGCAGGCAAUGUCAAGGUCACCGGACUCGAUGCCCUCGGCAGCGCCUCUGAGGACGACAGCGAGAUCGACGAAGACGACUUCGACUCGGACGAGGAACCCACCAAGGUUGGCAUGUGGUCGGACGACGAGGACGGCGACGUGGAGGAGCAGCUCACAGCAGCCAACAUUGAGGGUUUGUCGCGGAAGCUGGACAUGCAACGGGCCAUUGAAGAAGCCGAGGCACAGGCCGAACUCGAGGAAGGAAACUUGCAGACCAACAUUGCAGCCGGUGACAGGCCGAAGGUGCUGGAGGACGAAGAGGAUGAGGAUGGCCGCAAGAUCUCCAACCUCGUCACACAAGACAUCCAGCUCCUGCGAACACGACUCAACGACACCGUCCGCGUGCUCGACGACUUCAAGAACCUGGCAGAACCGGGCCGCGACCGCGCAGAAUACCGCGCACAGCUGCUGAAGGACAUCUGCUCGUACUACGGCUACUCCGAGUUCCUUGCCGACAAGCUGCUCGGCCUGUUCCCUGCUCGCGAAGCUUUUGCCUUCUUCGAGGCCAACGAGACGCCCAGACCCAUUGUCAUCCGUACCAACACCCUCCGCACACAUCGUCGUGAACUCGCGCAGUCGCUUAUCAACCGUGGUGUCCAGCUCGAGCCCGUUGGCAAGUGGUCCAAGGUCGGUCUGCAGAUCUUCGACGCCCAAGUACCGCUUGGUGCCACCCCCGAGUACUUGGCUGGUCAAUACAUUCUCCAGGCUGCUUCCUCGUUCCUGCCCGUCAUGGCUCUCGCGCCUCAGGAGAACGAGCGCGUGCUCGAUAUGGCUGCUGCUCCCGGUGGUAAGACGACGCAUUUGGCUGCUCUGAUGAAGAACACUGGGUGCAUCUUCGCCAACGAUGCCAGCAAAGAGCGUUCCAAGGGUCUGAUUGGUAACAUUCACCGUCUCGGCGUGAGGAACAGCAUCGUGUGCAACUACUCUGCUCUCGAGUUCCCCAAGGUCAUGGGUGGAUUCGACCGAGUCCUGCUCGACGCGCCAUGCUCUGGUACUGGUGUCAUUGCAAAGGAUGCCAGUGUCAAGACCAACAAGACCGAGGCCGAUUUCAUGAAGUUGCCUCACUUGCAGAAGCAGCUGAUCCUUGCAGCCAUCGACUCCGUCGACCACCACAGCAAGACCGGUGGCUACAUCGUAUACUCUACAUGUUCUGUCACCGUAGAGGAGAACGAGCAGGUCGUACAAUACGCGCUGAACAAGCGACCCAAUGUCAAGCUCGUCGAGACCGGCCUUACGUUUGGUAAGGAGGGCUUCACAAAGAUUGGUGGCAAGAUCUUCCACCCCUCCAUGAAGAUGACACGGAGAUACUACCCCCACACCUACAACGUCGACGGUUUCUUCGUUUCCAAGUUCAAGAAGAUUGGCCCCACACCCCCCAAUGCCGUCGGUGCCAACCAGUCUGCCAACGGCAAGCCCUCUGUCGCGCAGGACGAGUACGUCGACAAGACGCCCAUCCUCACUGAAGAGGAGGAGCAAGAAGAGGAUGACUUCGGCGGCUUUGAUGACGAGGAGGACAACGCAUACAUCGAGCGCGGCCAGGCCAGAGACGCAAGACGCAAGGGCAGGGAUCCCAAGGCAGACCCGACAAAGGCCACCAAAGAGUCCAAGCCAAAGGAGAAGAAGGGCGGUGGUAAGGAGGUUGCUGGGAAGGAGGCCGCGGUGUCGCCCUCAGCUGCCAAAUCCGCCAAAGGCAAGUCCGAGGCCAAGCCUGUCGAGGACGUCGUAGUCGCAGACGUCAAGGUCACGAAGAAAGACGGCAAAGGCAAGAAGGCUGGCAAGACCGAGAGCGCCGUCGCUGUCGCAGAAGUCACGCCCGUCAAGUCUCCCAAAGCCAAAGCCAACAGCGCAGACAAGAAAAAGGCAGCACCUAAGCCCGAAGUCGCAGCUUCGCCUGCUAAGAGCCCCAAAGUGAACGGCGCGGACAAGAAGGCGCGGAGAAAGAGCGGCGACAAGAAGAUGAAGGCGUAG